AUGGCAACCGCAGAGCUCCCUGCAAAAUUGGUUGAUCUGGCAGCAAUGAACCUGACGGAGAUGGUGAAUGGCAUGCUAAACACCGCUCUCAGAGGAACUAAAGAAUUCUUCUCUUUGCUAAGCAUUGUAUCUUACAGUUCAUAUGCCUUCCACAAAGUGUCCAUUGUCCUCUACAACAUAUCCAGCUUAAGGAACAUAGAUCCUACCAAGUUCUCCACACGGUACUGCUAUUGCUUAAACAACAGGACUAAUGACUUAACAGAUUUUACAGCCCUGCUGGUGGACAUUGUGGGAAACUCCACCAGUUAUCUUACUGAGAUUUUCAAGUCAACCUCCAUUGUGUCAGUCAGCCAGAGCAAUGAUACAGAUUGCAUCUACAUUUGCGUCAUGUCAGGACGAAUAGGCAGAAAUCUUACAGACCUAUGGGAAGCCAUAGAGAAGUCUCCUAUAGUCAACUAUACUUUUUCCGGUAACAUAUCAGACUUCUUGGAAUGCACACAGGUCAUCAAAAAAGCCAAUUUGGGGACUGUGCCACCCCUCACAGUUCAAAAGCUGAAUCCUUGCGUGAUGGAGCUGUGCAGGUUUUAUCAGCGGUGCUUCUGUACCAGAGACCGGAGCUACUCGAGGGAUCACGCUAUGAGGUACUGUGUUGAAAACUAUCCAUGGUUCUUUAAAAAUGCAGCAUUUAUUUGUGAAAAGGUCAAGAGAUCAACUUAUUCUAAGACAUUGAAACAGAAGUGCCUUAAAUAUAUUUGUAAAUCCAUCUGA